CUGGGACUCUCUCCUCAUCCUCGUCUGACUCGACUUUUGCGUUCGACGAUGACAUGUGGUCGACAUGCCAUUCGAUGUUUGUAACUGACCAUCAUGAUAGCGACAUCAAGGUUCAACAACCACUUCAGCGGUCUAGGCAACAUUGCCGCUUCGGAUCUGGCAACUGCCAAUUCACUACCUCUGACUCCUCGUAGUGUAUACACUACAAACUGCUUUUGCCCGUGUUCAACAGGAAAAACACAGCAGAAGCCCAUCUGGAUCAGAAAUCCACAUGCAUCCCCGGGGCUGCUGUUUACAUCAGAUUCGCUCAACGCUACAACUGCCGUGCUUGCCAUUCAUCGGAACCCGGACAGCAUCAUGAUUGGUGCGCCGACGAAAGACACAAGACCCUAGAUGGGAUCAUCCGCGGCAACAGUUCAGGCACACAAGAGUCUUCAAAGCCAUCACCCACACCUACAAACCCAUUCCACGCUACGUCCCCGGUUCCGCCAUGCAGGUUUCCUGCUCGUCACAGCCGCUCACUACCCACUCAACCACCUUAAACAACCUUGACUAUAGUGGUCUAGUGGUGUCCACCUCGAUAGUGCCAUCCACUUUGGGGAAUUUUCACGAGAUGGGCGGCACAGGAUCGUUUCUUUCUUUGUGAUGUGGUAGAGGCUAGAGAGAGAGGCUCAAUGAUAUCAACAGGUGCCCCGGCUUUUCUUGCUCUUCGCCGUCGAGAUGCUUUCGUCCAUCAUAUUCUUUUCUGCCUUCUCAACCUGUCAUUCGCUAUUUUUCCGACUGUCUGCGGCCUGGUGCCCUUUUGAUAUCCAUCUAUACUUUUAAUCAACACAGUAUAUUAUACUCAGCCUAUCCUUCAACGACUCUCACAUCCGCAUCUCGAAUAUUUGAUUGGAUUGUCAACCGAGUCUUCGACCCAACGCGCCGAACCAUAUUACAAAGAUGAAGACCACUAGCCGGGCAACGAGGAGCAAAACAACCAUUGCCCUCCUCUCUGCUCUACUGAUACCUCAACUCGCCAGCGCACUACAAGUUACACCCAAUUCUCCGUGCGCCUCAGUAUGCCUAGACUCUCCCGACCUCGACCAAUCAGAUCCCAACUCUUCCAACACCAAAAACAAGGAUAUCAUUUGCAGUGAUGGAGCAGUCAACAGUCCGGCGGGAAGUAAAUGGAAAGACUGCAUGACUUGUUUACAAACCAGUCCAUUCUCACAGGACCGCGAGACUGAUCAAAUGUGGUUUCUUUACAACCUGAGAUACACUUUAUCAUAUUGUCUCUUUGCUUUUCCCAACGCAACAGAUGUAGGGACAACACCAUGCAGCACAUCCAUGGCCUGUGGCCCUUUACAACAGAGUCUGCAACACGGUAUCCCUGACCCCAAAGAUACCACGGCAUCUUCAUAUUGCUCGGCAGACGACGGAUAUGCAUCGGAUCCUGUCAUCUAUGGGCACUGUACCUCGUGCUUGGUAGCUGGAGGAGAGUCCAACUACCUAGCCAAUUACUUCACCGCCCUAGAAGCCGGCUGUCAAUACAAACCUGAAGCAGGAAGUGUCAUCGGCCUGAACGACACCAUCUUCUCCAAAUCUCCUGUCGGCAUCGUCGACCCUUCAACAGUCCUCAAGUCCGAAGAGGGCCCUAAGAUCUCAACAACUAUCAUCGCCGUCAUCAUUUGCAUCAGUGUGCUCGUAAUCCUCAUCAUUUCAGCCAUAUUCUUCAUCUGCCUCAAGAAACGCCAAAACAGGGCGGCCCGCGCCAGCGCCCAGCUCGACUACGCCGAGAAGCGAGCCCGGUCCCGACAUCAGCGCCAGUCUUCGCUCUCUUUCCAGUGCCAGACUCAUGUGCUUUCACCGCGUUUUUGGCCCGGCGUGUCUCAACCUGGUGAGAGUGGAGGAGACGAGACGACGAUGAUGAUGAUGCCGGACCCCACCAACAGCGAUGUCAACAAAAACAACACCACAAGGCCCCUCUCCCAUCAGCAGCCCGAACACUCAGCCCCUGGCACACCAGCAAGAGGACUCUCCACCCGCCGUGUUACUAGCUGGAAGCAACACAACUCGCUGAUCUCGACAGUAGCUGAGGAUAAAGCCUGGGAGCACCAGCAACAACCACAAAUCUCAUCUUCCGACACCAGAAGCGCCGCCGUCAACCCACUAGAUCUCCACACCCUAACCACGACCGGUAUUCCUCGCUCGCCCACCCGCGCUUAUUACUAUGGAACUCCCGCAACCCCAGCGAGCUCCAACGCUUACUACUACAGCCCUUCCCCUAUGUCUGCCAGCUCAACCCGCAGCACUGCCGCCUUGCUUCCUUCCAUUCAGCCUUAUAACCCAUCUGACGACCAUCAUCAGCAUCAAAACCAACAGACCCCAACGCAACUCCACAGCGCCAACAGCACCUUUGGCGGCCCUGGCUCCUCCUCCGCUGGUGGCCUGGGUGGUGGGCAACAAAGUCCAUGGUCAGCGACGACAGCUAUGUCUAGUCCCUUGAUGAAGAAUUAUGGGUGGCCUUUACCUGCCCCUGCUGCUCCCCAGCCUCAACAAGGAAACAACGAGCAGCAGAGACGAUUCAAUGGAAGUAAUGUCAGUGUGACGACGCACGGCAUCCUCCCGCCGUCGCCAAGGAGUCCGAGAUUUGGUGGGAAUGUGAUGAUGAAGAAGAAGAAGCCGGCGGGGAGUCCGGUUGAGAGUGUGGCGAUUCGAACCAUGUUUGAUGCGCCACCGAAAAGUCCUCGAAAGUGAGAGGCCGAGGUGUGGAUGCUUGUGCAUAGGUAGUUAGGGAUGAUGAAUGAUACCCGUGAUGAUGAUAAUGAACUGGCUUCUUCAUAUGCUCCGUCACUAGAAAGUUGUUCGCUGUUCAGAGAUGAAAGUAUACCUUGGGGAGUUGCAUGCUUGUACAAAGCAAAAAGGGAGGAAGAAAAAAAAUACCGGAUUUGGGUAUCGUCAUUCUCUAUCAUGCUAUGGUUUUGGUACGGUAAGUCUCUUGAAGCAGCUCAAAGGUAGAAGCAAGUAUAAUCUGUGCACCGAGUGCAUGAAGGCCUCAGAGUCCUUCCCUCCCU